CUCAAAGUAAAAUCGAAACACACACACGGUUACGCUUUUUCCCUUCAACUAAAUUAACCGAACUCUCUCUUCUGUUCAACUCAAAUUACAAAACACCCCAUAACUAUGCAAUGCCAUCCCCACUUUCUGUGAACACUGAUUCAUCAUCACAUUGCUCUGUCACACCACCUGCUUCUGCCAUAAAGGGAACAAAACAACCUUCCCAAACCCAAAAGUUCCCUCCUUGAUCCCUUCUUCCUUCUCUCUCUCUCUCUCUCUCUCUCUCUCUCUCUCUCUCUCUCUCUCUCUCCUCUGUUCACUCGUCAGAGCAAUCACUUGACACUUGUUCAGCCUUCACCAUGUCCUUUCUAACACCCCCUCUCAUUUACUGCUUUUUACUACUUUGCCAUUUUCCUCUCUUUCUCUUCUUCUAUUGUCCUCGUCUCCCCCCAUCACCACCAUUAUUACCUUUAUUAUUGUUUCAACAACCCCUUUUCUGCGCUACAUUCAAGGGAUUCUUCUUUGUCACUUUCCAACAUUUUCCUUGUUUUUCAUUUGCUCAGGUUCUUUUCUUUUUCUCUGUUCUUGUACCCGCAUUGUCGUUUCGCACGUAAUGUUCGUGUCCAUUGCCAAUCUUUUUUUUUCAUGUGUUGGAAUAUUAUAAUCUGAACUGGAGAUUCUCUUCUUCUUUCCCUGUCCUGUUUUCUUUCUAAUGCUGACGGAAUGGAAACAGUACAUUUUGCUGUUGAGAUAAGAACUAACAUAAUGUCGUAAUGGGGUUGCUUUUGGUUGUAGUCUGAUGAAAGGUUGGUUAGCGCUGUUUCAUGGGGGUUCUGCUUAUGCAAGAGUUAGGCAGUGAUGGAUGGUAGGAGACAUUCUGUUGAUAUUCCUAUUUCUAAAACUCUUGUGGCACUGAGGAGAGUAAGGUCAUUGAGGGAUCCAUCAACUCAUGGUGUCAGCAAACUCUCUCCUUUGAUUCAUGAUGGAGAUUGGGACAAUGGUUCUAGUAAUGGGGUUUCUCUGAGUUUGAGAUUUCUCAACGGUUCUCAUGCUGGUCAUUGCGACGGUAAUGGCUUUUCAAGAUCAAACAGUUUAGACUUUAAGGAUCUGAGAGAGCAGGAAACUGCUGAGUUAGAAUUGAAAAUGUUGAACUAUAAGAUGAACUAUUGUGGGAUCUCUCGUCAGGAAGGGCAACGAGAUGAUGAACAUGUGUACUCUAAUCCUAAGCAGCAAGGUAUUUCUGGAGAUAAAUCGCCAAAUGAAAGCAGUUGUAGUAACCAUGAAGGUGAAAGAUUGGAUUUGGUUGCCAUUACGCCUCCAUGUAAUCAUUUGAGGGAUGGUGAGUUAUGCUAUUUAUCAACUGCAUUGAGAGUAGAUCACUCAAAGUCAGCUAGAAAAUCACUACGCAAGAAUCAAAUGAAACCAUCUGGAGUGGUGGGUGAUAUAGCAAGCCAUGUAGGAAGUCAACAGUGCCUUUCUGUUUAUGAUUCUAUCUCAGCUCGUCGUAGCUUGGAACUUGUCACUCAAGAUGUUGACGCUUUAGAUAAUCGCCAUGGAUGUGGAUUAAGGAGUUGUUGGUCAAAGUCACCAAGGUUUAGAGAAUCAAAUCAUUAUUCCGAAAUAGAAGGUCUUCCCUUGAUAUUGCAGCACGCUAAUGAAACGGAUCUCAAUGGACGUAGAAACAUUGGACACAUUGGUGGUGAAAUUAGUCCAAAUAUGGAAACUCCUAGAAGUUUAUCUGUGAAAUUCAGGCCAAAAUCUUUUGAUGAUUUGGUUGGACAAAAUGUGAUAGGUAAGUCUCUUUUGGGUGCUAUCUAUAGAGGAAGGAUAGCAUCAUUUUAUCUCUUCCAUGGUCCACGCGGCACGGGCAAGACCUCAGCCUCUAGGAUAUUUGCUGCUGCACUGAAUUGCCUAUCAUCUGUGGAGCAAAAGCCUUGUGGUCUGUGUAGAGAAUGCGUUUUGUUCUUCUCUGGAAGAAAUAAGAAUGUUAGUGAAGUAGAUUCUUUGAGAAUCAAUCGUGCAGAGAAAGUUAAAUCCCUUGUUAAGCAUGCAUGCGUUCCUCCAGUUUCUUCAAGCUUUAAAGUGUUCAUUGUUGAUGAGUGCCAGUUAUUGCAUAGGGAAACAUGGGCGUGCCUUUUGAAUAGUCUAGAGAAUGUUUCUCCUCAUGUGGUUUUUGUGAUGAUCACUCCUGAUUUGGAUAACGUUCCUCGGAGUGCAGCAUCACGGGCUCAGAGGUAUCACUUUGCAAAGAUUAAAGAUGUUGACAUCGUAAGAAGAUUAGAAACAAUAUGUGUCGAAGAAGGUCUUGAAUCUGAACAAGUUGCUUUGGACUUCAUUGCUGCUAGAUCCUGUGGUUCUCUUAGGGAUGCAGAAACUAUGCUUGAUCAACUGAGUUUGCUUGGUAAAAAGAUCACAGUAUCCUUAGUCCACGAGCUAACUGGGAUCAUUUCUGAUGAUGAAUUGCUUGAUUUGUUGGACCUAGCUUUAUCCUCUGACACUUCAAAUACAGUUAUACGAGCCCGGGAACUUGUCAGAACAAGGAUAGAUCCUUUACAACUUAUAUCACAGUUGGCAAAUCUUAUUAUGGACAUUCUGUCAGGGAAAUGUGAACUUCGUGGCUCUGAAAUAAAAACAGGAUUUUAUAAUAGAUAUACAUCGGAAGCAGACCUGCAGAAACUAAGUCAUGCAUUAAGAAUACUGUCUGAAUCAGAGAAGCAGUUGAGAAUUUCCAAGAAUCAAACAACAUGGUUCACUGCAGCUCUUCUGCAGCUGAGCUCCGUUGAAUAUUCAUCGGCUAAUGCAAAUACUACGAAGUUGUGUACACGACCUGCUUCCGUUAGAGAUGGUGAUAUCUGCAGUACAUCUCCUAAAGGUGACAGCUUGGAGCAUCUUACCACAACAGAUCAAUGUGAUGAUAAGUCAUAUAGGUUAGCAGUGCAGGAGGAUCACAAAGGAACGUUGGAUUCUAUAUGGUAUAAAGCUACUGAGAUGUGUCAAUCUAGCAGGCUCAGAACUUUUCUCAGGAAACAAGGGAAGUUGUCUUCAGUUUGUAUUAGUCAAGGCCGUGCAGUUGCGGAGCUGGAGUUCCAGCAUCGAGACUAUGUAAGUAGGGCUGAGAAGUCAUGGAAGUUGAUUGCAAGUUCUCUGCAGUUCGUAUUGGGCUGUAACCUUGAGCUCAGAAUCAAUUAUGUUCCGUCAUGUGCCUCAGAUUCUAUUUAUGCUAAAUUGAAGAGGUCAUCCAUCAAUUUCUUCGGUUGUUCCCGCAGAAUUCGUUGGAAAUCUUUAUCAUCUAAUGAACAAGGAAGUGAAUCAGACUAUGCUGAAUACACCUCUCAAAAGCCCACGAUGAAUGUUCAAACGCAAACCUGUUCCUCUGAUUAUGAACCCCGGGUGCCACCAGUCGAGGCCGGCAAUGGAAUUGGAAUGCAGGUUAUAACAGCUUUGAGAAGUAGCGAAGGAAAUUUGCUAAGCUCAGGGAAAAUGCUUUUGAAUAGGCCAGAUCAAGAGACUCCAAGAAUUUCUUGUUCGAGAGUUGAUUCUUGCACGGAAGAGGGAUGCAAUUAUGAACACAUAGCUUCAUCAACCCCUGAUUUAGAUAAUCAGUCCGACUGUUUUCCUAGAACCCGCUGGCUUCAUAAAAAGUUUGGUUCUUCUUAUGCACCACAGCAGAGAUUUUGUUUUAUCUAUGCCCAAGUUCAAUUGUUCUGAGAUUUGCAGAUAUGAUCUGGAACCCAGUGUCUUUUCUCACCGUUCUAACAACUGCACUCAAGCAGCUGCGGAGAAGUAGGUGCUAGCUCAUACAAAAGGGGAGAAGGAAAGCGUGUAAGUAUGAUCGUUUCCUUUUGAAGCUAGUGAUCUGACUGUUUUCACAAUCGAAGAGGAAACUGCUAUAUGCAUAGUGAUGAUAGUUUGUUUCCGGUGACCUGUUGUUUAGUUUCAUGCGAUGUUUCAUUAUUUGAAAGAAACUGUAAUCUCGUGGAGGAUUGCAAUCUCUAGCUUCAAAAUGCAAUUCUAGAUUCUUUGGGAGCUGUUCUGAGUCUUGUGAUGUCCAAGAGAAUGAAUGUUUUAUGCACUCGUGCUUAUAACGUAAUUAAAACAUUGA